UCGUCGCGAUGCGAAAGGGUUUUAUUUUCGAACACGCGCUCGGUUCCGUACGAAAGGAAAACAUGAAGGGAUCACCUGUGACUUCGAUCGAUUAUUACCUGCUACCGAACAAGAUAUUUUGUGGCGCAGGCGGCAUGUGGCCUAUCGACGAGAAAAGUUGGACGUUUACCAAAGUGUUCGCGUACUUCCGCUUGAUAUACGGGUUAGUAGCAGUUUCUAGCUUUGUCAUACCGGAGAUCAUGCUAAUAGCAUUGAAUUGGGGCGACAUCAAGAUUCUAGCAGAAGUAGGCUCGGUUCUAACGGCAUUGGGGCAAUGCCUGUUUAAAAUGGUGUAUCUGAUAAUAAGAAGAGAGAGAACGGGCAGACUCUAUAAUGAAAUACGAAGCUUAUGGCAUUCUUCCGACGACGUUGAAGAGAGGCAGUCUUACGAGAAGCUAGCCUACUGGGCAAGAAUUUGUACGAUCGUUUCCUUCACGUCCUGCAUGGGCACCGCGUCCUCCUUCGUAAUCAGUUCAGCAAUGAAAUCGUUCAAAGGUGGACACAGUAACAGCAGUCGAAGCCGAGAAUUACCUUACGAAGUCUGGUACGGAGUAGACGUUUCGACAUCUCCAAAUUUCGAGAUCGCUUUCGCCUGGCAAUUUUUUGCUGCCUGCGUUACCGGUAGCGUACUUACUGGCUUAGACACUUCGUUCAUGACCACAAUUUUACACGUGGCUGGUCAAUUUCGAUUGAUCAGUACGUGGCUCAACAAUAUCGGGAUCGAAAUAAAUGACGGGAGUAAUGAUCCGACGAAAUUAAGAGCGGAUUUGAUCAAAUGCAUUCGACAUCAUCAACGAAUCACCAAUGUGGUAGACGAUGUGAAUAAUUUGUUGACACCCAUCAUUUUCGUGCAAAUCCUUACGAGCGGGAUAGAAAUUUGUUUGAUCGGUCUCGCGUUUGUCGGAGAUGGGACAGGGAACGCCAGCGCAAUAAGAUUUAUGUCUUUUAUAAUAGCAGUGGCGGCGCAACUUUUGAUGUUGUGCUGGCCCGGUGAGAUCCUCAUUGAAGGGAGUCAAGAGAUAUCUCACGUAGUGUAUUUCGAUGUGCCUUUGUACUAUUUACCGCCCUUGUAUCAGAGGGAACUUUGCCUUGUGAUAGUUAGAGCGCAACGAUAUUGCAGUAUCACGGCAUUAACGUUUGAAACGUUAUCUCUUCACACGUUAACGAUUAUAUUGAAGACAGCGGUGUCGUACUUCACGUUCUUGCGGCAGAUUCAAGAGAAUUAAAAACGAUGCGAGUGCAAUGCAUGACCCUGCUCACAUGGAAAAC